AUGAACACUACGGUCUUCCUACAAAAGGAUUACGGAAGAGACUCAGUCAUUUCAUGGCCUCUCGGCUAUAUAUUUGCUUCCCUAAGCAUGCCCACUAAGAUCAUUCUUCUCAUGGGAGCUCCCACAUUCAAAAGUCUGCAGUGGGAUGAAGACAAUCUCCUCAAUGCCCCAGUAUCUCCAUUCCAUGGCUCCGACAGCCAUCUUCAGGAAGCCUGGCCUUUUUCAGACGACCAUCCGGUGAAAUGGCGCCUGUUGCAGGAAGUCCCUGCAUUGGAACAAGCACAUGAUACUAAAUUGGAACCAAAUUGCAAUACGAUGUUUUUCACAACGGAAGGUCUUACAGACACAGCGGGGAAGGAUUCGGUGCUCUCACAGUUCUAUGAUCAUUCCUUUGCCGUCCAUGAGACCUCUGAAAUUUCUUUACCAAUGUCUUUCUCCCAGAACUCUUCUCUCCAAGAGAGUGGCCUCUGGGUAGACAGUACCAUGACUUCUAGCGCUUCGGGUUUCAGUAGUAAGCAAGACAGUUCGGGACAACCAUCUUUUAUACCCAUCCAGGGACAAGUUGGUGAUCUCCAGGAUAUCCCCAGUGCAAGCUAUCUACGUUCCAUUGUACCCCAGACCAUGACAGUGAAUCUCAUUGUGGGAAUAAUCACAAUCCACCCACCUCGUCGCGUGAUUACCUGGCAAUGGAAACGAGAAGUGGACAUUGUCGAAAUGGUGGUCGGGGAUGAAACACGCAGUGGCUUUGGUGUCACAUUCUGGGUUCCUCCCGAAUCCGGGCAUACUGACAAUAACAAUAGCAACAAUGACGGGCUGGGACGAUCUCUGGCUGGGCUGCGACCGCGUGAUAUUGUACUUCUCCGCAUGGUCGGAUUGAGUUCAUUCCGGGAACGGGUGUACGGACAAAGCCUACGCAAGGGGGUUACCCAAAUCGAUCUGCUCCACCGUCAACGGUUAGAUGCUACAGACGCGGGAGGGAUCUAUGGCCUGCGCCGUCUGCUUGAUACCGGCCGCGACGGGGAAGACCUGGUGGUGGUCAAGGCCCGCCGCGUGCGGGAGUGGAUCCAACGCUUUGUAUUGGCACCGGAACCAGCAGGCGGUGAUGAGGCUGGGGGGAUACAUCGCAUGAAACGUGGCCAGACACUGCCUCCGGAUACGCCAGAAAUCGUAUAA